AUGGUUUUAGCGGAUAAUGUUGAUGAGUCGACGGUGCCGUCGGUUAAACUCCCCAUAAGUUUGACAGUUGUUAGACACCAGGCUGAGAACAUUAAAAAGUCGUCAGUGCUCCCUUUAAAAGCGCUGUGCCGUUCGUCGGAUGCGAAUUUGGAAAUAUUUACUGCCAGCGAACACACGUGUGCGACGCUGUCAGAACUGAAUGGAAACCCAAAUUCCAUCUUGCUGUUUCCUUGUGAGGAUGCUGUGGACGUAGCAGAGAUAGAGGACUGGACGGGCAUCGAAAAUAUAAUAGCAAUUGAUAGUACUUGGUCCCAAGCUAAGCAGAUUAUCGGACGUUAUCUUCCCAAUGUCAAAACAGUCAAAAUCAACAAGUAUAAGACUACGUUUUGGAGAUACAAUGACAAGGAAGAACAGUACGGCGACUCUUGCUUAGCGACAAUCGAAGCCAUAUACUAUUUUAUUAAAGAGAUUAUGGCAGCAAUGGAUUCGCAAGGAGGCGCGCGGUCUGGCGAAGGAGGUCAGGAUGAGCGAGGGGGGGAAACAAACCUCGACGACAUAUUGUACUUUUAUGAGGCGCAAUGGCAUCAGAUUAGAAGUUGCAAGCGUUCAAAUCCACUGGAAGUAGGGCGCGCUACACGUGACCGAAGGAAGGACCUGAAGGAGCGGAAUUUCCGGAAGAGCGCAGGACCGUUUGCGAAGCCAAGUGUUGACCGGGCUGACUUGGAGAAAUGCAGUGAGUGA